CGCUUCCGUGUGACUCCUCAGCUCUUCCUGUGUGUCUGUAACUCAGCGGCGGCGGCGGCAGGAAUCGAAAACCGGAAUCAGCAUGUUAUUGAUCAGUAACCGGGUUAAAUUCUGUUCGCUGGCGUUCACCGCGGCGCGCAUGUACGCCACCGGAGCUCAAGCCAACAACAACCCGGUGGUGUUCUUCGAGAUCGCGGCGGACAACGAACCGCUCGGUAGAGUCACCUUCGAACUGAAUGCGGAUGUUGUGCCCAAAACAGCAGAGAAUUUCCGAGCUUUGUGCACAGGUGAACAUGGAUUUGGAUACAAGGGCUCCAUCUUCCACAGAGUGAUUCCUCAGUUCAUGUGUCAGGGAGGAGAUUUUACCAACCACAAUGGAACUGGAGGAAAGUCCAUCUACGGUCCGAGAUUUCCAGAUGAGAACUUCAGACUCAAACACACCGGACCAGGUAUUCUCUCGAUGGCUAACGCCGGACCGAACACCAACGGAUCCCAGUUCUUCAUAUGCACAGUCAAAACAGAGUGGCUGGACGGGCGGCACGUGGUGUUCGGCAGCGUUAAAGACGGUUUGGACGUGGUGAGGAAGGUGGAGGCGCUCGGCUCUCGCUCGGGAAGAACCGCCAAGAGAAUAAGCAUCACCGACUGCGGAGAACUCAAGUAGAGUCAUGAGUCAUUUCACGCGCUUCUACUGUCCUGCCGCACAUUCACAGACUACUCCACCUUCAGAAGGGCUAAAAGCUCCAUAAUGUGAAACUUAAGACACUUUGGGAUAAAGGAAUAGUCUUUAUUUACUCGCUCUCACGUCUUUACAAACCUCUGUGAUGUUAAAAUGUCCAUGCAACACCAUAUUAGUGACCAAAAAGCACUGAAAUCAUGCAGUUCAUGGUCACUAUGAAACAUUUCUAUACAGAAAAACAAUAUUCUUUUAUAUUCCGAGGAGAAACAAACACAUCAUACGGGUUUAAAAUGACAUGAGGACGAGGAAAUACUGUCAGAAUGAUUGUUUUUACAUGCAUUAUUUCUUUACGGUAACAUCCACUGUGAAUAAAGGUCAUUUUUGAUGUCAUUCUCAGGUAAUACUGCUAAAAAAAGUGUUUAAUCCGGAUUGUAAACAUGUUAUGUUUCUCAUGCGUGAGAUUAUGAAUUAUGGCCAGUGUGUUUCAGUAUUCAUGGCCUGAGUUUGAUUAAUAAAGAUGAGAGCAAUAAGACAUAA